UUCAAACUGAAGCUAUAAACAAACCUCUCCACAUAAGGAAGAGCAGAAAAACUGAAGAUCAUCUCAGAAAAAAAAAAACCCCAUGAAGAUGGAUGAGCAGAUCAUUCAUUUUAGUCACCCACAACACAAGUUGAAGCUCCGGUACACUGAAAUCCCCUUCGACUGCGAUGGGUGUAAGGAAGCUGGUAUUGGCCUCAAAUACGAAUGCGAGCAAUGCCAAUUUGAGUUACACAAGGUAUGUGCCAUAGCUCGUCCUGUAAUUACUUAUCCCUUCUACAAGAAAUGUGAAUUCAGGUUCUAUCACCGACCGCCGGGGGAGGAAAUGAGGAUUUGUGAUGCUUGCGGGAAAGAUGUGCUAGGAUUUGUGUACCACUGCAAUAGGUGUGGUUUUGAUCUCCACCCAUGUUGUGCAAACCUCCCAAGGGUCUUACAUGAUGGAGACCACAACUUGCAUUUGUCCCUAAAGCUUUCCAGUUCAUGUCAUCACUGUGGUGGCAAAGGUCCUGGUUGGUCAUACAGGUCUGAGUGCAGGAACUGCAGGAACUAUAACCUUCAUGUGUCUUGUGUGAAGGAGUUGUUGGUGGAGAGUUGGCAAGCUAUGUAUUUGAAUGUGGAUAAUAAUAAGGUGAGGGAAUUGCAGACCAGAAUCCCAAGCCUUGAGGGUAAUAACUUGGAGAGGCAUCACAGGGGGAAAGGUGGGAAGAUGAAGAAGUGUUGCCAGAUUGCUGCUGGUGCAGUUAGUGUUAUAGUUUCAGCAAUUCUUGGAGAUCCUACUGCUAUAAUAGCUGCUGCUGUUGGGGCUCUCAUAUCCAAGUGAAGAACCAAAAAAAGGAUGGAAAGAAAGAAAAAAGGAAAUUUACAAGCAUGGGUUUGUUAUAGCUGCUGCUGUUACUAUUGAAGUCUGUGAGUUUAUAAAUGGGCUUUUAUGCUUUUGGGCCCUUUGUGUCCUUGACUAUACUUGUUUAAAUGACAAUAAUUUGUUUGUUUGCAUUAUUAUUAUUUUUAAUUUGGGUUCUUUUUGGGUCUUUUGUGUAGUCAAGCAGGUCAGUGGUUGGUUGUCAGAGAGUGUGAGGAACUGUUUUUGAGCUAUGGUUAUCUAAUUCAGUGUUUGGUUUCAUAUACA